AUGAAUCGCAGCCUUGCACUGGAGCGAUUUCAAGUACUGACGAACCAAGAUUGCGACCCAGAAGAUGCCAUUCGAGUGCUCGAAGACAUUUGGUCAUUGGUCCCGUCUUACAUUCAGUGCAUCCUCGAGGGACUGCAACUCUUGGAAGACCGAGGAAAUCCGUCGCAUACCGACCGCGUGCUGCGUGUCCUGAGAGUGAUAGUCUCACAAACGCCACCUGACGGAGACACAGACGAGUUCCAUGUUCCGCGGGUCACGACAAUAUGCUUCAUUAGCGACGGAUACGUUGACUGUCUGGCCCAGUCGGUGCAGCGGGGGCCGAUCGACAAGCUCGUGUCUGUCGAUGAGUUUGACCAGACUUUGUCUGAAGAGGGGGAGAAGACUGUUGCCACUUCGCAAUGA